UCACCAUGCCGAUUGAUGUCUCGUCGGUGGUCUACAUCCUGCUGGAGCUCCUGAUCGCCCUGUUCUCCGUGCUGGGCAACCUGCUGGUGUGCUGGGCCGUGGCGCUCAACAGCAACCUGCAGAGCAUCACCAACUUCUUCGUGGUGUCGCUGGCGGUGGCGGACAUCGCGGUGGGCGUGGUGGCCAUCCCCUUCUCCAUCGCCAUCAGCACGGGCUUCUGCUCCAGCUUCUACGCCUGCCUGUUCAUCGUGUGCUUCGUGCUCGUGCUCACGCAGAGCUCCAUCUUCAGCCUGCUGGCCAUCGCCAUCGACCGCUACAUCGCCAUCAAGAUGCCCCUUAGGUAUAACGGCCUGGUGACGGGACAGCGCGCCAAAGGCAUCAUCGCCGUGUGCUGGGUCCUCUCCGUGGUCAUUGGCCUCACGCCCAUGCUGGGUUGGCACAAAGUGACCCCAGAAAUGCCCACCUCCAUCUCCAACUCCAGCUCCAGCUGCCCCGAGGGCAUGAUGCACUGCCUGUUUGAGGAGGUGGUGGUGAUGGACUACAUGGUCUACUUCAACUUCUUCGCCUGCGUGCUGCUGCCCCUGCUGCUCAUGCUGGGCAUCUACCUGUGCAUCUUCAUGGCGGCGCGGCGGCAGCUCAAGUGCAUCGAGCAGAAGGCGGCGUCGUGCGAGCACCGCUCGCGCUCCACGCUGCAGCGGGAGGUCCAGGCGGCCAAGUCGCUGGCCAUCAUCGUGGGCCUGUUCGCCGUGUGCUGGCUCCCGCUGCACAUCAUCAACUGCUUCACGCUCUUCUGCCCGCGGUGUGCCCACGCGCCCGCCCCGGUCAUGUACAUCGCCAUCCUCCUCUCGCACGCCAACUCCGUGGUCAACCCCUUCAUCUACGCCUACCGCAUACGCGAGUUCCGCCACACCUUCCGCCGGAUCGUGCGCCACCACGUCCUUGGUUGGCGCGAGCCGCUGCCGAGCUCGAGCGGCAUGAGCACGCGGGCGUCCACCCGCACCAGCGUCGCCGACACCUGCAGCCUGAAGGUCAACGGCCGCGACCUCUACGUGGAGCGCAGCAGCAGCAGCAGCUGCGAGAGCACUGAGCCAGCAGGGGGCGCUAGACCUGACCCAGACCAGCCCUGGACAGAACCAGGCCCACACUGGCCUCCCCUCAUGGCCCCUGCCACUGCCCCCCUCUCUGACAAUGCCACACAAGCCAGCAUAUUGCUGCAGUCCCGGAACAGCAGACAGGGCGGCGAUCUUUCCCCUACUGCUCAGGGCAACCUCCAGCUCCAACCCUUCACCUAACAGUAACCCUGGCCUUAAUAGGGGGCCGCGGCUGAUAACGUCUGGCUGGUCGAUGAGCAUCUGUAGCUCCUGUCAGUGCGCUGUUUGCAGCUCCGCCAACACAGACGGACAUCCGUUGGCUAGUUUGGAGCCAUCGGGAAACAGCUUGCUCUAACUGGAUGUUUAGCUUGCCUAUUGUUCCUAAGAAGCACAGAGUAAUCAUCCAAUAUUCCUGUAAGGAGAUACAAUCCUGGUACUUAGUGUUUUGCCUGGAGGACUGGAUCUAUAAACACCACAACCAAAAGGAUUGAUAAUGCCCGUCAUUUGCAACUUGUUAUCAAACACAUUCUUGAUUAGAAGUAGAUAUAUUAUACACUGUCUUUAGUGAGCAAGAAUAGUUCAGAAAUUGUAAGCUAGGACCACUUUGUUUACGCUUUAAUGUAGACAAUGUAAUGUACUAUGCAUACGGCAAUGACGGUGGGCAGUCAUUGCCGUAUGCAUAGUAGUGCAUCAUUUUUCCUACCACACAGGCAAAGUGACCCAACAAGACUCAACAGACAGUCGGCAUCACAACGUGUGCUUUGAAGUUGGCCACGUGUGCAUUGCAUUCACUCUUACCUAGUCAACAGGGGGCGCUACUCCGGGCACUCAGGGCUCCUUCAACUCAGCGUACAUCGGCCACCAACUGCAGCUGGCUGAGCUUUCCUGAGGCAGGUUCUAACUCCGUUGCUCUCUGGGACUGCCCAUGCUAUUAGCCCUGUUGAAGUCAAUGACUGCAUGUGUCAAAGCAGAGGGGGGGACAGCAGGAUUCUAAAGUGAAGACAGUUAAGUGUUGUGCAUUUAAAUUCAGAUGCUGCCCGUGCCUCCACUCUCAAGUCAGAACCUUGGCAUUCUAGUGAGGCACGGGAGGCUAAGCAGGCACUGAUUCUGAACAUUCUAAUGCCACCUGGGAAUAUUAGGGACCGUCCCCUGUGAUUGCGUUGUUUUUCCGACUGUACGCGUUCAUGUGCAAGGAGGAGAUGCCGAUUUCAAGCAACAAGAUCGGUAAAUUCCCAAGUUCACAUUAAAGUUGUCGGACAUGAAUGUCCACAUGGACUACAAAGGAACUACAACAUGAUGAUAAAAGUACAACAAGCCCACAACUGGGCAACUCUAUUAGCAAACUCUUCCCCUAGCCUCCAAUCAGUUAGUCCCACAUGGGGUGACGAUGGCGUUUUCACUGGGAAAAAUGUUUCAUGCAUGUUAUUCCAAUGAUAAGGAGCUGCAGAAUGGAGAAUGCUUGAACUCAUGAUCACUUGUGUCACCAC